AUGACAUUUAUAAACAGCUGCUCCCAUUUCAAGCAUCGCGGCUGCAACUAUACCUAUAUCAAAAAUCCUAGAUUAAAAGUGUUUAUAUUCCACAAUAACGAUGGUGAAACUCUUCAGUUUCCUCUUAAAAACUCCUAAAAAGGCAAUUCGGUCUCACCUUCGCGGUACCUUCAUUGAUAGUCUACGUCUCACUGUCCAUGGUGGACAUGGAGGUCAUGGAGUACCCAAAUACGGAGGCAUUGGAGGACAAGGUGGUUGUGUUUAUUUCAUUGCCAAAGAAGGUGUAACACUCAAAGGCCUUUCGAGAAAUUUACGAGAAAAAAAGAUCAAAGCCAGUUCCGGAGAGGACAGCAGUAAGAUACGAAUCCUAGGAAGACGAGGCAUGGACGAAAAAAUCGAAGUUCCAGUUGGAGUGCAAGUUAUCGAUGACAAAGGAAAAGUUCUUGCUGAUUUAAAUGAAGAAGGAUCCACUUGCAUUGCAGCCGGCGGAGGUAUUGGAGGAUGUACAGGGACGGGGUUCAUUGGCAAGCCUGGUCAAAGUAGAGUUGUAAAUUUAGAUUUAAAGUUAAUUGCUGAUGUGGGCUUGGUUGGAUUCCCAAAUGCCGGGAAAAGUACAUUGUUGAAAGCAAUUUCCAAUGCAAAACCCAAAAUUGCUUCUUAUCCUUUCACAACUAUUCGUCCACAAUUAGGUAUUGUGGAGUAUCCAGAUUUACGUUCAAUCUCCAUUGCAGAUUUGCCUGGGUUGAUUGAAGGUGCUCAUGCUAACUUUGGCAUGGGUCAUAAAUUUCUCAAGCACAUCGAACGUACUCGUUUGCUUCUCAUGAUUGUAGAUAUAUUCGGCUUUCAGCUAAGUACUUCACACAAAAAACGCAAUUUCUUAGAAAAUAUCUAUGCGCUCAAUAAAGAACUAGAACUGUAUGAUGAAACACUUCUUCAAAAACCUUGCGUGUUGCUUGUAAACAAAAUGGAUAUGGAUGGUGCGACUAAAGCCCUCGAAGAUUACCAUCCAACUAUUGUUAAUCUAGAAAAAGGUCUAAAGGAAUGUCCUGAAGAAAUUCGUCCAACCAAACUGAUCAAUUUUGAACGAGUCAUUCCGAUUUCAGCAAUUAAUUCAGCUCGCAUUAAUCAAGUUAAAGUGAAUUUGCGUGAGGUUUUGGAUGAGCUAGCUGAGCGGGAGUUACCUGUGGACGAAGUGCGAGAAGAUUUACAGAGAAAACUUGGCGAACGAGGUCCUCGUGUGACAUAAAGAACAAAUUCUAGGAAUAAUUUUUGUCGUUAAUAAUUAUAAAUUGGUUUUUAAUAAAAAUAAAACAAAGUUAGUUUUUCAUAGAAAUAGAAAACAAAUGAUUCUUGUAUAUAUUUAGUUGAGUAUAUAAAAUGAU